UCCGUGAGGGUGAUUACAGAGCGGAGCGACAUAAUCGAGGAAGAUAUUACACCGCCGCUUUGAACGGAUCUCAGGCCUCCGUUACAUCCGGCGGUAACGGGAGGCAGCAGAGCUCAGGAGCCGUGGUGUGAGUGCAGGGAGGCGGACAGCGGAGCACCAAACAACCCGUUGAUAUUUCAGAGCUGCAACAGGAACCGGGGUGGAUUUUUGAGGAGCACGACACCGACACAUUUGGACAGUUGGAUUUUUUUUUGAAGAAAAAUUAUAAUAAUAAAAAUAAGAGUUCUAGGAAUUUAAAGCAAGCUCGCCAAAAAAUAAAAAAUAAAUACGCGAGGAGCCUGCCACAGCUCGCAGGAGCAGGAUGAGCUUGUUUUCUGUAGGGGGAGCAGAACAGUGUGUUUGAGUGGGAUAUGGCAAACGGAGGGGACCAGUUCGGCCUUGCAGAGCGUCCGGACUCGGACUGCAUGGAUUCCCCGAAGGAGACCAAACAGGAGAACCAGAGCUAUGCUUUAAACUCUCCAGCUUCACCGCAGACAGCGUCCAGCCAGCAGGGGAUGGAGGGAAUCAAAGUUUUCCUUCACGACAGGGAACUCUGGACGAAGUUUGAUGGUACCAAGGCUGGAAGGAGGAUGUUCCCCAGUUACAAGGUGAAGGUCACAGGACUCAACCCAAAAACCAAGUACAUACUGCUCAUGGACAUAGUGCCGGCGGAUGACCACCGCUACAAAUUUGCAGACAACAAAUGGUCGAUAACGGGGAAGGCAGAGCCCGCGAUGCCCGGGAGGCUCUACGUCCAUCCGGACUCUCCUGCCACCGGGGCGCACUGGAGCCGCCAGCUCGUCUCUUUUCAGAAGCUCAAACUCACCAACAACCACCUGGACCCCUUUGGACAUAUAAUACUCAACUCCAUGCACAAAUACCAGCCUCGUCUCCAUAUCGUCAAGGCGGAUGAGAAUAACGGCUUCGGCUCAAAAAACACAGCUUUCUGCACCCACGUCUUCUCUGAGACUGCCUUCAUUGCCGUGACGUCCUACCAGAACCACAAGAUUACUCAACUGAAGAUUGAGAAUAAUCCUUUUGCAAAAGGCUUCAGAGGCAGCGACGACAAUGAGCUUCAUCGCAUGGCCAAGUUACAAGGUAAGGACUACCCAGUGGUCCCUCGCAGCACCGUCCGUCAGAGAGCGUGCUCUGCUGGGAGUCCAUUCAGCGGGGAGGUUCAGGGUCUGCGGGGCUCCCCCGAAGCCGCAGCAUCCCCGUACAGCUGUGAGAAUGGCUUGAACAGCAGCAGUCCUCAGGAGCUGCUGAGCGCUCCUCCGGCCCACUACAGCCUGCCUCAUCCUCACCUGCAGCACGGCCAGCCACUGCAGGUCUACCACUGCACCAAGAGGAAAGUGGAGGAAAACUGUUCUUCAGGAAACCGCCAGCACUCGUACAAGAAACCCUUCACUGGUAGUUCACCAAGUGAGGGCGAGUCUUACUAUCACCCCUCCUCCUACCCCCCUCCUCCACCACCCAGUCUAUCCAACAACCCAGCCCUGGGUCUCACUGACUCCCCCUACAGCUCAGACAUGGGACAGCGUCAGGCGUGCAUGUUUGCUGGCUCAGAGCCCAGACUGGAUGAACUAAACUGUGCACCAUGGUCAUACACCUGCCCGCUCCCUUCUGCCAUGACCCCCAUGGAACCCUACCCACCUUAUACCACUCAUCCUCCCUACAGCUCCAGCCCUCAGGGCUCUCGGCUCAGUGCUAUAGUCCACCAGAGCUCUCCACCACUGGGAGAGCCCAUUGCUCAUGACCCCUACCAGAACCAGAGCUCCGGACCUCCACCUCAGAGCUCCCAAAACAUUCACAGCAGGCAGCUCAGCCCACCUCUCAGAGAGUAUCCUCGCUACACCCCCAACCUGUCUCCUCCUCUCUACCACACACUAGAGACGCACACACACAUCAGGUGUGGGGUACCCGAGUGGAGCGCAGCCUCCUAACUGAACCAGAGGACAUACCCGAAAUUCAACGACCCUUCUUUCUGCUUAUCUGAAAGAUGCUGCACUGCAUACGGCCUAAAUAUGAUAUUACCUUUGUAACAUAAUUGUGAAAAGUGUGAUCUUGUGCUGUGCGAAGAGGUCUCAUCUGUUUGUCAUGUUUCUCCCCUGUGCUGAGUGGAGCCGUGGGUUGUUAAAGACUGGACUCAGAAGAACAAACUUCAUGAAGCUCCAGAUGUAAAAAAAAAAAAAAAAAAAAAGGGGGAAAAAAAGAAGUUAUCAUUUCUGAGCAGCACAAUGAACAUUAAAGAUGUACUUUAUUGUCUUUCCGUAACACAAAGACUGGCAUCAUCCAAAUGUUUGCACUGUGAGCCCCGUUAAGGCCAAACCAGGCUGUUUUUCUCUCGAUGACUCUCUGCAUUGUGAAGGAUGUAAAUUGUGACCCACUGUUAGACAGGCAGCAACAUUUACUGACCAAAAUAAUCUCAGCUCUCAGCAGAGCCUGAGGGAGACCUUUUUUUGUCUCUGUAGUGGAGCAAAGCACAGCUCCAUGCUCAGUCUCAGUGAAGGAGAAAAGGCAUGAGUUGUGUGUGUGUGUGUGUGUGUGUGUGUGUGUGUGUGUGUGUGUGUGUGUGUGUGUGCGUGUAUGUGUGUGUGUGUGUGUGUGUGUGUGUGUGUGUGUGUGUGUGUGUGUGUGUGUGUGUGUGUGUGUGUGUGUAAAGCUGGUGUCAGCUCAGCUCAAGAAAGCGAUGAGUUAAUUUCCAAUGAGACAGGCAGUUGUAGCUGCAGGCGCUGCACCAUAGCGAUAAACAGUUUGUUUAGAUCACACUACAGGCUGAAGGACCUGUAAACACUGUUUCCGCUGCAUUCUGGGUAAAUGCACAACUCAGCGUCACGCAGCUGUCACCGCUGUCCUCUGAGUCACCCCCAGCUGACCAAUCGGCUUACUCCAUUCACUGAGAGCUGACGAAUAAGCAUGUGCCUCUCCGUUAGCCCCAUCUGACCAGUCAGAACUGGAGUUCAACGUGGUUUAUGAGUGCAUUCGUUGGCCCAUUUAUUGUUUGUUUCUGAAUUAUUCAUGAGUCUGACGUCGAUCCUUGACAUAUGUGGAUUGUUCAGCAAAGAAAUACAGUGCUGCAAACGUGAUAAUGUUAUAGUUUUUUAGUUUUUACAAUUUUUUUAAUUUUUUUUUUUACAAUUGCUUAAAACAAGGCUCAUUUUGUCAAAACUCUACACCCAACAUUGUCAAAUGUUGUAAAUCUGAUCCUCGUCUUCUUUAUCCUCGUGCUCCUCCAGGUCUACCUCUUCCUCUUCCUCUCCCUGCCCCUCUUCCCCCACAGGCUCCACCUGUCAUCCUCACUCUCCUUCUUCCUCGUCCUCUUACUGCAACGUUGCCUUCCAUUUUUGUUGAAGAUUAAUACACUCAACCUGUUGUUUUUUUAUAGUGCUUACGCCUGAUUGGUGAGUUCACCACAAAGCACCUAAGUGUCUGUACACCUGAUGGCCGUGUUUGAUCAAUUGGUUCACAGGUGUUGUGCGUUGAAAGGUAGUGACAUCAUGUUAGAUUUCUACAUCUAAAUGUGUGUAGUGUUUUGCAAAAAGUGUGAGGCUGAAAAUGUGACUAUCAUGGUGCAGACCCUGGCUGAGGUUUUACUCAUUGACUUUCAGGUUUCACUAACGGUGCAUUAUUUUUAAAAUUUUAAUGUGUAAGCAAUCGUAAAAAAAACCAAACUGUUUUUUAGUCUCUUAAUUUUUUAUCUGAAUUAGUCCUUGUCAUAUCCACAUGUCAUUACUCCAUUAAUUGCUUUGACUAAAUUGGGUUAAAUACAUUUCCCUUCAGAUUUGGGUACGAUAUUUUCCUCCUUGUUGCUAACUGUAAAGAGACAAUUGUUACUAUUUGUGCAAAAUAGAAGCAAACUGAGAUUUUGGUUCAUUUUUUGUAAUGAAGAAGUUUUGUUACAUGUUUUUGCCCAGGUGUUUAAAUGCAGUAACAUGUGAGAACAGUCAGUCAGUAUGCAAAAAGCAGAUCCUCAUCAUUCCUUUAUAUGUAUUUGAUUUGUGUGUGUAUGUGUGUGCGUGUGACAGUGAGAUGUAACAGGCUCUCUGUUUUGGGGAAAAAGUUUGUGUUUUAUAGCAUUGUUCCUGCUAAUAGUAUUUAUUACUCUAGAUUUGUAAAAAUGUGUUUGUUGUUAACUUGUGAGACAAGAUGGUAUUGUUCAGAGAUAUUUGUUUCUCUUUGAAGGUUUCAUCCUACAUUUCCAAGUGGUGAUAAAUUGUUGUGCUAAACAAACAAAACAAAAUGUUCUGUUUAUGGAAAUAAACAGAUUUAUAUACAGAAAUGGAAUAAAUUUUAGAGAAUU